UUGUGUAUGAUUUCGUGUGACAGAAAAUGGCGGCAGACAUAUGGACAGGUGAGGAGUAACCAGGCUGAAGUAUAAUAAUACCAAAAAAAUAUAUAAAAAACACCAUCUAAACGUUAAAAUAAAUUAAGUCCUGAUGUGACAUUGAUCAUAACUAAACACUAAAUUAGUUUUAAUAAUUUAUAAAUAAAUUAACAAUUUAUUUUUUUAUUAAGUAUGAUGAUGAAUGGAGUAAAUAAGAACAAAGAUAUGCCAAUUCCAACGAGAAGUGCUCCAAAACCACCAGGAAAAAUUAGUCAAAAUUUCGAUUGGACAAACAAUGAUCCAUUUGGACCAUUGACGUUUGAGCCACAAGUACAAAAAAAAAUACCACCACCAAGACCACCACCUCCACGUUUUAAACAAAAUGUACAAUUAAAUAAUAGUAAAAUUCAAAAACCAACAAGACCAACAGAAUUAUUGGGAAGUUUAUUUGGUAUUACAACAACAAAAAAACAACAACAACAACAACAAUCAACUCAUCAAGUUUCAUAUGAUCAACGUUCAUCAACAAAUAAUUUAAAUAGUGCAAAUGGUUUAUUGAUUGAUCUCAGCCCACCUGGUUCACCAACAUUUACAACACGUUCAAGUGAUGGUGUAAGUGUUGAUAGUUUUGGCAGUGAUGGUAAUUCAAAUCCAUCAUUAUUUACAAAUAGUAGUAGUGGUAAUACAUCACAAAAUGAAAGUGCCUUUGAUGAUGAUUUUGAUUUUUUUAAAAAUAUUAAUAAAAAUAAAAAUACAACUCAAAAUGAUCCAUGGAAAUUAAAAGAUAAUAAUGGAUGGAAUCAAACGUCAUUUGAUCAAUUUGAUAAAUUAAAAAAUUCAUCAAAUAAUAAUAAUAAAUUUAAUGAUAAUAGUGUUAAACAAAUUGGUGAUUCUAAAUUUUUUACAAAUAAUGAUACAACUAAAAUUCAUACAAUGCCAACAAUUAUCAGAGCAAAACCAGCAAAGCCACCAUUACCAAAAAUAUUAACAACAAGUUUAGCACCAAAAGUUACAAAUUUACAAUUUAAUUCUGAUAAUAAUUCAUGGAAAACAACAGCAUCAUCAUCAUCAACAACAAAAACAACAGCAUCAUCAUUUAAUUAUAUUGAUGAUGAUAUUAAUGAAGAUGAUUAUUCACCACCAAUGCCAUCAAUACCACCUCCAGCACCGCCUACUCAUUAUCUUGCUGAAUCAAAUUACAAUACAUUUGAUAAACAACAACCACAUGGUAUUGCACUUUAUGAUUUUUCAGCAAGUCAAAUUGGUGAUUUAUCAUUGAAAAAAGGUGAUAAAGUUAUGAUUAAAAAAUUUGUAAAUAACGAAUGGUUAGAGGGACAAGUUGGAAAUUCUUGUGGAAUAUUUCCAGCUAAUUUUAUUGAUAUUAUUGUACCGUUACGUGAUGAUUCAAUUAAUAUUGUUAAUGCUCUUUAUCCAUUUGAAGGAGAAACUUGGGAAGAUUUAACUUUUGAGGAAGGAGCUCAAAUUAAAGUUUUAUCAAGAAUAUCUGAUGACUGGCUGUAUGGUGAAUAUAAAAAUACAAAGGGACAAUUUCCCUCAAAUUAUGUUGAUAAAAUUCCACAAAAUUUACCACAAUAUUCACGUAAUUGAUAUUAAAAACUAAAAAAAAAAAAAUUAAACUCACAUAUUGAAGUACUUGAAAAUCAAUUGAUUCAUCGUAAUAUAAGGAUAUUUUAAUAUAUUUUUCAUAAAUAAUAAUAAAGCAUAAAAAUUAAAAAUUAAAUAUACUUGAAGAAAAAAAGAUAAAAAAAAAAAAAUACUCGUAAUUGUGAAAAUUUUAUUGUUAUAAAUGUUUAUUUAUUAUUAUUUUAUUUAAUAGCAAUAUUUUGCAUAAUUGUAUACACUAUUACCAUUUGUUUAAUUAUUGACAAAUAAAAUAAGGCCUCGUGGCAAAACUGCCCAACAAAAAAAAAAAUUUUAUAAUCGUAUUUACACAAUUGCUAGCUUUAAUUUAUAAAUAAAAUAAAAUAUAUAGUCACACAGCAAUUAUAAAAAAAAAUAAUACAAAUUGGGUCGUCUUUUAAAUUUUAUUUUUAUUUUUUAAAAUAUUAAUUUUAAAAAUUAUUUACACUCUUUUUUUGUGCUGUGAAAUUGUUUUUUUUUUUCCAUCAAAAUUAUUAAUUAGUAAAUAUUAAUGUUUAAUUAUUAUUAUUAUUAUUUUAAAUAAAAUGUAAAUAUAUGUUUAAGGUACAAUGCUGAAUAUUCGAGA